AUGGGCUCCAGCGGUACCGUUACGAAGAUCCUCCUUCUUGGAGAGAUCGAUCAUGCGCAAAAGGCCUGGAAUGCAAUGAGUGAGCUCGGUGAGCUAGUGAAGUCAACCGCCAACAAUCGCACCGAGUUUCUUCAGGAAUGCCGCGACGGAAAGUAUGAUGGCGUUGUCGCCAUCUACCGUACCUUCCACUCCAUUUCCAUCACUGGCCUGAUCGACGAAGAGCUCAUCAAUGCACUGCCAAGUUCAGUGAAAUUCAUGGCACACUGUGGAGCCGGAUAUGACAUGAUUGAUGUCCACGCCUGCAGUGCUCGCGACCCUCCCAUCCGAGUUUCUAAUGUCCCCACCGCAGUGGAUGACUCCACUGCCGAUGUGACCAUUUUCCUUAUUCUUGGCGCUCUGCGUAACUUCAACGGUGGCAUGCACGCACUGCGCCAGGGCAAUUUCCGUGGCCCAACAGCUCUUGGCCAUGACCCACAAGGCAAAGUUCUGGGAAUCUUGGGAAUGGGUGGUAUCGGCCGUAACUUGAAGAAGAAGGCCGAAGCUUUCGGUAUGAAGGUCAUCUACCACAACCGACGCCAGUUGAGUGAGGAGCUUUCAGGUGGAGCUCAGUAUGUGACUUUUGAUGAGUUACUCUCAACCAGUGAUGUCCUCAGCUUGAACCUGCCGUUGAAUAAAAAUACGCACCACAUCAUUGGCAAGGCAGAGUUUGCUAAGAUGAAGGAUGGCGUCGUUGUCGUUAACACUGCUCGUGGAGCGGUCAUGGAUGAGGCUGCCCUUGUUGACGCUCUUGACAGUGGAAAGGUAUUCUCUGCCGGACUUGACGUCUUUGAAGAGGAGCCGAAAAUUCACCCUGGGCUUAUGAGCAAUCAUAAUGUGAUUCUUGUACCUCAUAUGGGUACUUGGUCUGUUGAGACCUUGACUGAAAUGGAAGGAUGGGCUAUUGGUAAUAUCCGCCAGGCUCUUACGACCGGAAAACUCAAGAGUCCUGUAACUGAGCAAGCCGAUAUGUAA